AUGGAUAAGAAACAGCAUUUUGCAAUUUUUACAACUGCUAGCCUUCCGUGGUUGACCGGGACUGCAGUGAAUCCACUCUUCCGUGCGGCAUAUCUUUACAAAGCCGGGGAAAGGAAUGUUACAUUGUUGAUCCCUUGGUUAUCUUUGAAAGAUCAAAAAAUAGUAUAUCCAAAUAAUAUGACGUUUGAUUCUCCGGAAGAGCAGGAGAAGUAUAUUCGCCAAUGGCUUGAGGAUAGACUUGGGUUUGCAUCUGGUUUUAGCAUAAAGUUUUAUCCGGGAAAGUUUUCUAGAGAUAAAAGGAGCAUUCUUGCUGUUGGCGAUAUUUCAGAAAUUAUCCCCGAUGAAGAUGCAGAUAUUGCUGUUCUAGAGGAGCCUGAGCAUCUGACUUGGUAUCACCAUGGGAAAAGAUGGAAAACUAAAUUCAGGCUGGUUAUAGGAAUUAUUCACACAAAUUAUUUAGAAUAUGUGAAGAGGGAGAAGAAUGGAAAACUGCAAGCAUUUUUACUCAAAUAUUUAAACAACUGGGUUGUUGGUAUAUACUGUCACAAGGUAAUCAGACUAUCUGCUGCCACUCAGGAUUACCCUGGGUCCAUCGUCUGUAACGUUCAUGGAGUUAAUCCAAAGUUCCUUGAGAUUGGCAAGAAAAAAAGGAAUCAACAACAAAAUGAAGACAAUGUCUUUACCAAAGGUGCCUAUUUUAUUGGGAAAAUGAUAUGGAGCAAAGGCUACAAAGAGCUGCUCCAACUUCUUAAUGAUCAUCAAAAGGAAUUAUCUGCUCUUGAGCUUGAUUUAUUUGGAAGUGGGGAGGACUCUGAUGAAGUUCAAAAAGCUGCUAAGAAGCUGGAAAUGACAGUUAGAGUUCAUCCUGGCCGUGAUCAUGCUGAUGAUCUAUUUCACGAUUUCAAAUUGUUUCUUAAUCCGAGCACAACAGACGUGGUUUGCACAACUACAGCAGAAGCUUUGGCAAUGGGAAAAAUCGUUGUGUGCGCAGACCAUUGCUCAAAUGAAUUUUUCAAGCAGUUCCCGAAUUGUUGGACGUAUACAAACCACAAGGAAUUUGUUCAACUCACACUUAAGGCAUUGGCUGAAAAGCCUGACCAGCUUACUGAUGAUCAGAUACAUGACCUUUCAUGGGAGGCUGCGACAGAACGGUUUCUUAAGGCUGCUGACCUUGACAAGCCAUCUGAUAGAAAAUUAAUGUCAAGAAGUACCUCAAACUAUCUCUCUACUUCGUUAGGUUUGCAACAAACAGUCGAGGAUGCAUCAGCAUAUGUACAUCAUGUAGCUUCUGGGUUUGAAAUAUCACGAAGAAUCUUUGGUGCCAUUCCAGAUAGCUUGCAACCUGAUGAACAGCUACGUAAGGAACUCGGAUUUGCUAAAACUUCUAGGAAAUAA